UUAAAAGGCAAGAGUUGAUUUUAUGCCAAAGGGUGUGUUGUAUACGCACACAAACACAUAUACAUACAUACAUAUGUAUGUACAGAUAUGCGUUGCUGCUGUUGUUGCUGUUGCGGCAAAUUUACAAAUAAAGAGCAAACAAAGUGAAAGGCAGACAAAGCGACAACGGCCUUUACAAAACUUAGUGCAAUGAAGCAGAAGCUGUUAUUAUUGUUACACACAUAUAUGGUUAUUAUUGUUGUUGUUAUUGUGGCUACUGCUACUGUUGUUGUCAAAACGGGGUCAAAAGUUCGUAUGCAGUUGUAAGCAACCCACGCGCUCGUCCGCUACGCUGCUAAUUCAACCCAUACACGCUAACAAACAACACUCAAGUGUUUAAAGUGCAUGGUGUAUGGUGUAUAUAUAUAUAUAUAUGAGUGUGUGUGUGUGUGUGUGUGUGUAGACACUUGCCGCUGGCUGUUCUGAAGACGCCGGUCCGUCGGUCUACCGUAGCAGACAAAAGUCAGACAAGUGCCAACAAGCCUACAACAAACUAGGCCAAUUCGCGAGAAACAAACAUAAAACAUAAAACCCAACCAUAUAUACAUACAUUUACAUACAUACAUAUGUACAAGUAUCUGGAUCUGUGUCUGUGUCAGUGUCCAUGCAUAUGUAUGCAUUCUAUACGUUCCAGUGCCCAGCUAUUUUGUGUUGUCUUGGACUGGGCAUAGCUGACAACCUCCUUAGGGCCGCGUUAUAUCAGACAUCGAGCCGCCUUCAAAGCACUUGGAGUGCGUUCUGCGCAUAAAACAGCAUCGGCAAUAGGAUCGAGGGGAACUCGAAACGGCAAGCAUUGCUUCUGGCCAAAUUUGUGCACAAUAAAAGCAACAACAACAACAACUAUAACAAUAACAUUGGAUAGCAAGGACAGCAGCAGAAAUAGCCAGUGUGGAAAGGAGAGGAGCAAAACAGUUGCCUUUGUCUGGCAAUUGGCCAAGUUAAUAGAGCUGAUAAUGACGUUGCUGCAGUUGCUGCUUAUGAUGUUGAUGAUGACGUUACUGACUUGGUUAUUGCUGCCAGCAUCUGCCGUUUCGGCAACGCUAACAUAGCCAGCCAGCAUCAAAAACAAAAGCAUCAAAUAAAACAACGCCCACCAGUGAGACGGUCCCGAGCCACCACUUGCCAAUCUCCAGUCUUCAGUAUACGCGCCGCUUGCCGGCUUACUGCAUUUCCGGUUGUUGUUCCUGUUGCGCGCCCGUCCGACGCCAUCGCCGCCAUCCCCACCAUGUUGCAAUGCCAGCCGCGACGCCAUAUGGCGCACAGCAUUUGCCUUGCGUGGCUGCUCCUCGUCGUGAUUGUCAUGAGCGAUAUGACAAAUGGUGGCGUACAAGGACCCAUUGAGGGCUAUAACUCGUUAGACGAAAUGACAACGACAUCGACCAGCAUGCCCACCAUGCCCACCGCCGCCUACACGCAUCCAAAAUGGAUGGAGCCAUACUUUGAUCCCUCCACGCCUCGCAAUGUGACCGCGCUCAUGGGCAAGUCAGCCUAUCUCAGCUGUCGCGUUCGCAAUUUGGGCAACAAAACGGUCUCUUGGAUACGCCAUCGUGAUAUACAUAUACUCACCGUUGGCUCCUACACAUAUACGUCCGAUCAGCGCUUUCAGGCAACACAUCAUCAGGACACCGAUGACUGGACGCUGCAGAUAAAGUGGGCGCAGAAACGCGAUGCGGGCAUGUACGAGUGUCAGAUAUCGACACAGCCGGUGCGCAGUUAUUUUGUGCGUUUGAAUGUUGUCGUGCCAACGGCUUCCAUACUUGGAGGACCUGACCUUCACGUUGAUAAAGGCAGCACCAUAAAUCUCACUUGCACUGUGAAGUUCAGCCCCGAACCGCCGGCCUACAUCUUCUGGUAUCACCACGAGGAGGUCAUUAAUUAUGAUUCAUCAAGAGGCGGCGUGUCGGUAAUUACCGAAAAGGGCGAUGUGACAACAUCGUUCCUACUCAUACAGAAUGCAGAUUUGGCCGAUUCCGGCAAAUAUUCGUGCGCACCCUCCAAUGCAGAUGUUGCCAGCGUGCGUGUGCAUGUCCUAAAUGGUGAACAUCCGGAGGCAAUGCAAACUGGCUCAUCCGGUUGUCAGUACAAUUGGCUGACAAUUGUCAUGCUCGUCGGUUUGGUUUUCUGCUAUAGCCAACAACAACAGUGCGACAUAUUUGCAACCCAAACAGCCACAGCCACAGCAACAACAACGACAACAACGACAACAAAUGCAAAAGCAACAGCGACAGCGACAGCCAGCACGUGUAGCAGCAGGGGCGCCACAACAACAACAACAACGAUAACAGAAUGUGUCGCCCAAAUCCACGCCUCUGACGUCACAGUGUCAAGUGUGGUUAACAGCUGUCGCCGUUACCAAAAUGUGGCAGCCAACAACAAGAACACGAAGCGCCGCUGUCUCAGAUGAUCAGCGACAGUCGUGGGCGACAUUGGAGGGAAGGUCAGCAAAGAUGGCCAUUAACUAGCGUAAAUUACAGAGGCACAUGAAAUGUGUGUAGGUAUGUAUGUGAGAUAGUGAGUGUAUGUGUGAGUGUAUGCGUGAGUGUAUGGUGUGCAUUCGAAGUCGUUAAUAAUUAAUAAUUGUAAUCGAAUACGGCAAGUUUUAAACUAGCAUUUUGUUGUAAGUGAUACUGAAAGUCUCAGCUCGCUUCCAAUUAGGCCUGCCGUUCCAAAUACGUACAUACAUUAAUGUUAAUCAACUACAUUAAUGAUAAUCAACUAAGCAUUAACGAUAUAAAUACAUAUGCAGUGAAAUCUAGUUAGGGGACAAGCCUGGACCAUAAUGAAUUGGGGACCCUAACCGAUUGAGAAAGUAUUACAUUUCCCUUCAUUUGAUUAACUCUCAAAGUCGUAUACCAUUUUCUAUUAAAUUUCAGAUACGAAAUAGUGCACUAUUAAAUAAUACAUAUACUGAAAUGUCUAUAUAUGAUAGGAAUGGUGACACAAAUCGCGUUAUUCAAUUUAUUUUCCAUUUUUACGGCCUAAUCUUUCAC